GUCGUGCAGUGCACAGGCAUUUCUUUUUUUGAAGGGAGAGAGCAAUGCUCAGUCUACUGACAGGCGAGCCAGAAGACACACGAGCAGUCAGGACAUAUUCUCAUAGCACUAGCAGAGGGUAACACCAGCAGUGGGUCGUCUGAACCCCAUUUUCACUCUCCUGGGUGUCACUGCUCCUGAAUGCACAUUCAACCUCCUCUACUGCUGGCAGUGAGGAACCACAGAUGCACACAACCACGGGCUUUUCAACUCUGCAUCUUUCUCAACACUUACACCAAAGCUCUACCCACGGGAAGAGGACACACAUGCUUCAUUGACAGAACUGCAGGUGGUUUAGGUUUGAUUUGCUGGUGGACUUGGAAGUUUUUUUUUGUUGUUUUUUUUUCUUUGCGGUGAGCUGUGGUGUCUUUGGAGCCAGUAUGUUCCCUAUUAUUGUGGCAUGUUUGGCAUUCAUCCUGCUGAGUUCAGGACAGGCUCAGGUUGCCACACAGACUCAGGGUGAAGGGCAGGACAGCUCUUCCACCCCUUGGAGGCAGGUGAUUCAGUGGGAGAACAAUGGCCAGGUUUUUAGCCUGCUGAACAGUGGAGCUGAAUACAUUCCUGCUGGUGCAGGGACCCAGGACAGAGGUCCAAGGGUGGUUGUGGCAGAUUCUCAUCCACGCUCUUCACGCAGACCUCAAGGAGGCAACGUCCGCAGGCAGGCUCCAUCAAGAGGAUCCUCUGAAACUGUCCGUGGACAGGCAAGGCAUCCUUUUGGCUUUGGGCAAGUGCCUGAUAACUGGAGACAAACCACAGGUAGCACAGGAAGUAGCCAAUUCCAGGGAUCCUCCAGUAGUCGAUUCAGACCAUCCACAGGCUCUUCCUCAGUAUCAUCAUCGUCUUCCUUUUCUUCAUCUUCAUAUAAUAUACCAACCUAUCUGCAGUACCCAUUGCCUCAACAGCCUCCCUUCCAACCAGCGCCUUAUGACCCUAGUUUUGGGGAUGCAUCAGUCAGGAGCUACGAGCCACCAUUUCAGCCCGUUAUUGGUGGAGGGUAUGGUGGAACAGGAUAUGGUGCUGGACGAGGGUAUACUGGAAGUAGAUAUGGAGUUGGUUUGAGCCCAGUUCUCCCAGGCUCUCCUUCUGACUUUACUGAUGAUGGCUAUCGUUACUACCAGUCCUAUGGCUAUGUGUCCAAUCCUGUAGCUCCUGCACGUGCUCCCCAGCCACCGUUUACUGAUGGUCUGGACCGCAGAUACACUCACAGUCUCUACAACGAGGAAUCUGCUCCUGCCGUCCCUGUUCCUGAUGCCAACCAAGCCCCUCCUGUAAUAGUAGACAGAUCAGGCCAACCACCAGUCAGGAGUCCUCAGUAUGAACAGUUUCCUCCAUUUGGAAGACCCCAGCCUCCUUUCUUACAGUCCAUUCCUUCAGGCAGAAAUUCUCUAAAUUCCGCCAAUGAGAACCCGAGUACAAAUGUCGUUAGUGUGUACCGGCCAAAUCAGAGAGGUUUGCCUGACUUGGUCCCUGAUCCCAACUAUGUCCAGGCUUCCACAUAUAUUCAGAGAGCCCACAUGUACUCUCUUCGUUGUGCUGCUGAGGAAAAAUGUCUGUCAAGCUCUGCCUAUAGCUCUGAGACCAUUGACUAUGAUGUGAGGGUCCUGCUGCGAUUCCCACAGCGAGUGAAGAACAAGGGCACUGCCGACUUCAUGCCAAACAGGCCACGUCAUACCUGGGAGUGGCACAGCUGUCAUCAACAUUACCAUAGUAUGGAUGAGUUCAGCCAUUAUGAUUUACUUGAGGUCAGUACUGGCCGUAAAGUUGCAGAGGGACACAAGGCUAGCUUCUGCCUGGAGGACACCACCUGUGACUUUGGUCACCUGAAGCGUUACGCCUGCACUGCUCACACUCAGGGUCUGAGCCCAGGCUGCUAUGAUACUUACAAUGCUGAUAUUGACUGCCAGUGGAUAGAUAUUACUGAUAUCCAACCAGGAAACUAUAUACUAAAGCUCCAGGUUAAUCCCAAGUUCUUGGUGCUGGAGUCAGACUUUACCAACAAUGUGGUUAGGUGUAACAUUCACUACACAGGACGGUUUGUUACAACUAAAAACUGCAAGAUAGCACAGUCUUGAUCAGACACUGGAAGGCUGCCACAUUAGAGUGACCCUGAUCACUAUUCCAUUGAAAUGUGAAUGGAAUCCUUUUGUUGUUGGUUCAUUGUUGGUGUUUGUCUCUGCUUUUUGCACUGUUUUGGGAUCUCAGGCAGACAAAUAGCAAGGGUUCCACCAAUGCUGAGAUUCUGUUAAAGUAGUAGUACAUGCAUGCACUGCUGCAUAAUGCAUAUUGCAUGUCACUAUCCCAAUAAUGAACCAACAGUUCACUUCCCUGCAAUCUGUUCUUUAAUACUACCCACACAUACAUAUCUCAUAUUGCUGCAGCACCCGUCUGGCUUGGUGACAUGCUAGGACACAUCAUUGACUUUCAAAAGAGGUGUUUAUAUUUGUGUAUAUCCGCACAAACAUCUAUGCCCUGCCACCCCCGCAGAGUGGCUUUGUUUGAAUUAUAAAAAGCAUGAAAUUGUGCCCAUGCUGAAAUGAGUGUUCCAGACAAGUCAGGGUUCAGCUGGAAUCCAACAAAUAAAAUUAGUGGACAAAGUCUUCCCAGGUGCAUUCAUCCAUGCAGUGUGGGAGCAGACAGAGAUGCCCAGUGACUCAGAAGAACUAUAAUGUGUUAGUUUUUUUUUCUUUCUCUCUCUUCACUGCCUCAGUGGAUCAGGCUGGGAUACUGUGAUUCUCUGGGCGCAUCCUGUUUAAUGUUGUGUUAACAGCAAGAGGAAGACAGCAGGUCAUAUUUGCAUUUGGCAACAUCAAAUUGGAAGUCAGCAAAAAGACAGACUGUCAGUACUGGAUGCUGUAUUCCUCCAAAACCUUAAAUAUUUGAGUUGUGUCCCCGUUUCUCCUUUCUUAUUUCAGUUAAACAGUAACAGGAAGCUCAGCUGGCAGAAACAGGUGCUUUCCAAUAAAUAAGAUUUAAAGUAUUGUAAGCUGUAUACUUACACUUUCUUGUGGUCUCUUCUCCAACCACCAGCACUGGUCAGAUGGCACACAGGUCAUCUAUACCGUGUGAAGAAUGUAUAUACAAAUAUUCCAGUGAUGCAUGUCUUUAAUAAUGGACAUUGUUUUGUUAUAACUGUAUCCAUUUUGACCUAUUACUGUAAUUGUGAAAUUCAGUGAAUAUAUUUUUUUUUCUUUCUCGAUAAUCUGAAUUAUUCAAAUAGUAUAUGUUGUUGGAAAAAACACACUACUGCUAUUCCUUAGUAUUAUAAUGCAGAGUGCCAGAAAGCUGUCACUACCUACCUCUCCAACUCAGUGAGCUGUUGUUUUGAAAUGAUAUCCCUGCAGUGGUUUUCCGUGGCUGCCUACCAAUCUGUUGCAACACACAGGUAAAACCCUCAAAUCGGUUGGCAAUAUCGGUGAACAAACAAUCCACAUUGUGACUGAAGGAAAAAUUGUUUCGGUUCUUAGGAUUUCAGCUCUGGAUGAUUCAAUGAUACAUGUUGUGUGUUUAUACGAUCUGUUGCUUUUUAUAGAACUGAAGCACGAGGAUAAGUGGAAGAUCUGUUUACAGUGCAGACAAACAAACUCGUAUUAUUUUUACACUGAAGUCAGUAAUAGCUGGCAUUUUUCCAUCAUGCCUUUAGCAAAACCAUGCCUUUUAAUACAUUCAGCAGUGUGCUGAUCAAUUUCUCCAUGCAAUAUUUACAACUGAUCUACUAUCAAAAAAAGCCAAAAAGAAUUUUUUUUUUCUUGCUGAUGCAGGUUUGAUGAUUGAUUGUACUUGAUUGUACCUAAAGA